AUGGUACUUGUUACGGCUCUGGCAUUAUCACCGGACGGCCGCGGUACUUUCUCAAUGCCGUGUACGUCAGGCGUGCGGAGUUUCGCGCAGCCGUACCGACCAGUUGGUCCGAGCGGCCCGCGCCGACGCGAGCCAGUCGUUGCCCGUGUGUCGGAGCCCCACAAAUGUCCGGAGCCCCGCGGCGGCGGCGGGCUGCUGGGCGGCGGUGCCGAGCACUCGCUGCUAGCGCGCGUGGCUCGCCGCGAGCUCGGGCUGGGCGCGACUCGCCGCGCGCACGCUCGCCUCGUACACGCGCACUUCGCUCCCGUGCGUACGUUACGCCUUCAAGAUGACGACGCGUACUUUACGCAUACGCUGUUCCAUCCGACUCAACAACAGUUGUUGGCGGCGACGUCGUCAGGCGACAUCCGGGUGUUCAACCUCUUCACUGGCAUCGAGGAGAACUCAUAUCAAGUUCACGAGUCUUACAUAUACCAUAUGCAGCUACUUCCGCAUCGGUGUAAGGCCUCUGCCUCGAAUUUUGCGGGCAGCGGGGCGGCGGCGGCGGCGGCGCGGGUGCGGCAGGAUCUUAUGCCGGCGUUCGGCGGGCAACGACCGGUGCACUCUAAUCAAGCAGUGCCAACCAAGCCGCCGCCGCCGCCGCCCCGCUGCCAGCAAAAUUCGAGGCAGAGGCCUCAUAGGCGGAUUUCAAUAGAAUAUCGGUGUGAUAGAUGGACCGUUGAAACCAUUUUUGCGAGCAGAGACGGACUAUUACUACUGAAUUCAGCAACAACACCGUGGCGACCUCUGUCCGCAUUAUGGAAUAUGAAAGAAUUCGAGUUAUUAUUUCAAUUAGACAAUGAAGAGUACGUUGAAUUCUCGAAGAUGUCGGACGAGCGUAUCAUCGGCACCAAGGGCGAGACCGCGACGAUAUUCGACACACGCACCGGACGGGAACUGAUGACCCUGACUCCGGCCAUCAGCAACCAGUACGCCAAGAACAGAGCCACCUUCAACCCGACUGAUGAAUUAGUACUUUCAGACGGUGUGCUCUGGGACGUUAACACUGGCAAAGAAAUACAUAAGUUCGACAAAUUGAAUCAAACACAUAGUGGCGUCUUCCAUCCGAACGGAUUAGAGGUUAUAUCAAAUACAGAAGUUUGGGAUCUUCGGACAUUUCACCUGCUAAGGACGGUGCCUACAUUAGACAAAUCAGAGGUAUUAUUUAAUCCUGCAUGCUCAGCGCUGUACGCGGUCUGCUCCGACCAGGACGCCGAGGAGAGAAGUCAGUUCGAUACCAGUUUCAAGACAUUAGAUCCGUAUGACUAUUCUAGUAUAGCCACGAUAGAUGUUAAAAGAAAUAUAUAUGCUUUGGGCAUAUCUCGGUACGGUACGCAGAUAUCUUUAGUCGAAAAUAUGGGCGACUUCGAACAGAUGCAAGAGUCUUGCGUCAAAAUAUACGAUGUCGGACGAAAGAGGGACCAUGAUGAUGAUGCUGAGGAAGACGAUGAGGACGAACUCGCGGGAGGUUCGGAAAACGAUGAUGGAUCUGACUCAGGGUCUGACAACGAUGACGAUUGUAAGUAUUACGCAUCAAUUAAGUUAAAAAUGCCAGAAAUACAAAAAUUAACAAUACGUUAUGGUUCAGGUAGGGACCUGUCCACCUUAUGGCUGCGUGUAGAUAACGACGACCACCCCCGUGUCUAUGCGUGCCUAUAUAGGUCCCAUAGCGGUGAUAGCGAGACUGACCGACUCAUGGACCACAUCCAGGCGGCUGUAGAUCUUGUGCAGGGGCAGAUAUCCUCAGCGGAAGUGGUCUUGCUUGGCGAUUUCAACGCCCAUCACGCCGACUGGCUCUGCUCCAGUAAGACUGACCACGCGGGGAGAUCUGUCCACGGCUUGGCUCUUGCUUCUGGCCUAACACAACUGGUGACCGUGCCCACGCGAAUCCCAGAUGUGGAGGGCCAGAAGUCUUCACUGUUGGACCUUCUGCUGACCUCUCACCCGGACGGCUACAGCGUAUCCGUCGAAGCCCCUCUUGGCUCAUCGGACCAUUGCCUUGUCCGGAGCACUGUAUCUUGGACGUGCAUACCGCGACUACAAGAGGUACGCGGUCGCCGUGUAUGGCACUAUAGGUCGGCAGACUGGGAUGGGAUGCGGUCCUUUUUUGCAUCCUACCCUUGGAGGCGGGUUUGCUUCUUGCAGGAUGAUCCCAAUGCCGCUGCCAAUUCUGUUGCUGAUGUGGUGCUGCAGGGGAUGGAGCUUUUCGUCCCAUCUUCUCUGGUCCCCGUCGGUGGCAGAUAUCGGCCCUGGUUUGAUGCUUCUACCAGAAAGGCCUCACGCAGAAAGCGGGGGGCCUACCAAGCCUGGGUCGAUGCGGCGGUGGCACGGGAUGUAAAUACCAGUGCACUAAAAAAGGAGUAUAACUUUGCCUCCAAGUCCUACAAAAGAGCUAUUGCGGGUGCCAAGUCGCAGCACAUCGGUAGAAUUGGUGAGAGGCUGGAGCGCCUUCCUUCAGGAACUCGUUCAUUCUGGUCGCUCGCCAAAGCUAUCGAGGGCAAUUUCUGCAGGCCGUCAUUUCCACCUCUGCACAUGGGUGAGGAUUCGUUGGCUCAUAACGCAAGGGAUAAGGCUCAACUUUUGGCAAAAAUCUUUGCGUCCAACUCGACACUGGAUGACGGUGGGCACGAGCCUCCUGUUGUGCCUUGGUGCGGAAGGUAUAUGCCGGAUGUGCGGUUCCACCAGCGCACGGUACGUUUGGCGCUUUUGUCCCUUGACGUCCAUAAGUCGAGUGGGCCUGAUGGGAUCCCACCCAUUGUUUUGAAGAUGUGCGCCCCCGAGUUGGCCCCAGUUUUAACACGUCUUUUUCGGCUCUCUUACUCUCUCAGGCGUAGUUCCGACGUCCUGGAAGACAGCUUUAGUCCACCCAAUCCCUAA